GAAAGCUCAGGUAGUACGCUUGUGGCGAACCCUGCCACCGGCUGCCUCCGUUGCCACACUUUACGGGCUUCAGGGACCCCUUGGCCCAGCCUGUGCUUUGGCCUCCCGGCGUUACUAGCGCCGGCAGGGUAGCGCUAGCUGCCCCGCUGGCCGUGUCUUCACGUGCUGAAGCCGCCGCAGUGACCCGCCCCCGGGCCGAGGAUGUGAAGCUGCCUGGGCGUCCCCGCACCGGGCCCGGGUGCCGGAGUGGGCGACUCGGUGGCGCCGGGCGAUGGCUCUGCUGCCGGUGCUCCUCGCCUCCUGGGGCCUGGGACAGUGAGGGGACCCGCGGGCUUGAGGAAGCGGCCCCCGCGCGGUGGGGGCGAAGGGCCCGCAGGCGCCAUGGAAGGGGUGCUUUACAAGUGGACCAACUAUCUGAGCGGUUGGCAGCCUCGAUGGUUCCUUCUUUGUGGGGGGAUAUUAUCCUAUUAUGAUUCUCCUGAAGAUGCUUGGAAAGGUUGCAAAGGAAGCAUCCAGAUGGCAGUCUGUGAAAUUCAAGUUCAUUCGGUAGAUAACACACGCAUGGACCUGAUAAUUCCUGGUGAACAAUACUUCUACCUGAAGGCCAGAAGUGUAGCUGAGAGACAGCGGUGGCUAGUGGCCCUGGGAUCAGCCAAGGCUUGCCUUACAGACAGUAGGACACAAAAGGAGAAAGAGUUUGCUGAAAACACUGAGAACUUGAAAACCAAAAUGUCGGAACUAAGACUCUACUGUGACCUCCUUGUUCAGCAAGUAGAUAAAACAAAGGAAGUGACUACAACUGGUGUGUCCAAUUCUGAGGAGGAAAUUGAUGUGGGAACUCUGUUGAAAUCAACCUGCAAUACUUUUCUGAAGACUUUAGAAGAAUGCAUGCAGAUUGCAAAUGCAGCCUUCACCUCUGAGUUACUGUAUCGAACUCCCCCAGGCUCGCCUCAGCUGGCUGUGCUCAAGUCCAAUAAGAUGAAACAUCCUAUUGUACCGAUUCAUAAUUCACUGGAAAGGCAAGUGGAAUUAAACAAUUGUGAAAAUGGAUCUUUAAAUAUGGAAAUAAAUGAUGAUGAAGAAAUCCUGAUGAGAAACAAGAACUCCUUAUAUUUGAAACCUGCUGACACAGAUUGCAGCAUAUCAAGUGAAGAAAAUACAGAUGAUAAUGUAACAGUCCAAGGUAAAAUAAUAAAGGAAGAUGGAGAGGAAAACCUGGAAAAUCAUGACAGCAAAUUGGCACAGCCUGGAUCAGACUGCUCAAGUUGUUCUCCAGAAUCUCAGUGGGAGGAAAGCCAAGAAGCUAUCCCAACUUUCUUUAGCACCAUGAAUACCAGCUUUAGUGACAUUGAGCUUCUGGAAGACAGUGGCAUCCCCACAGAAGCAUUCUUGGCAUCAUGUUAUGCUGUAGUUCCAGUAUUAGACAAACUUGGCCCUACAGUAUUUGCUCCUGUUAAAAUGGAUCUUGUUGGAAAUAUUAAGAAGGUAAAUCAGAAGUAUAUAACCAAUAAGGAAGAAUUCACCACCCUCCAGAAGAUAGUGCUGCAUGAACUAGAGGCUGAUGUAGCCCAGGUUAGGAACUCAGCCACGGAGGCCCUCUUGUGGCUGAAGAGAGGGCUCAAAUUCUUGAAGGGAUUUUUGACAGAAGUGAAAAAUGGAGAAAAGGAUAUUCAGACAGCCCUGAAUAAUGCUUAUGGUAAAACAUUACGGCAGCACCAUGGCUGGGUAGUUCGAGGGGUUUUUGCGUUAGCUUUGAGGGCAGCUCCAUCCUAUGAAGACUUUGUGGCUGCAUUAACCAUAAAGGAAGGUGACCACCAGAAAGCAGCUUUCAGUGCUGGGAUGCAGAGGGACCUCAGCCUUUACCUCCCUGCCAUGGAAAAGCAGCUGGCGAUACUGGACGCUUUAUACGAGGUCCAUGGACUGGAGUCCGACGAGGUGGUAUGACAUCUUCGGGACAGCUGCCUCCUAACUUCAGGGAAGAAUGUUUGCUGAAGUGU